CCGCAAUCAUUCGGUUGUCUUCCUUGUUCAAUUAGCUCGCGUUCUCUCUCUCUCCCUCCAUUUUUCCAUUCUCUGCAAAACCGAUCACCAACAUCGCAGGCGACGCCGACUAUAAAUGCGCUGUUCGAAACCUAAUCUCCUCUGCAAUAACAUGACAAAUUCCAAGCAGCAGCUCAUUGACUCACUCACCUCCCACAUUUCUCUCUACAAUUCACACUCCUCACCCUCAUCCACUUCCUCGAACCCUAAUCCCAGAUCAUCCAUUCUAAAAUGGUUCUCAUCGCUCACGGUUCACCAGCGCCAGGCUUAUCUCACUACCGUCGACUCCAAUUUCACGCAGCUCCUCUUCCGGAUGCUCCGCAAGCUCAAAUCCAACGGCCAUGGCUUCUUCAUUAUCCUCCCCGAUAUUCCCGACGGCUCCGCAGGUAGCAGUCUUCCCAGCGUCUGUUUUCGGAAGUCACAGGGACUGUUAUCUCGAGUUGCGGAGAAGAAUGAGGCCGAGAGGUUGAUUCGAGAUUCUGUUCGGCUUUUUGGCUCGAAAGAAGGGGAGGGAAUCAUGGAUGCGUGUUCGUCUUCGUGUUCAGCUAAUUGUUUAGAUUCUUUAACUGUGAGCGAGGAUCUUGUGGGAAGCGUGGAUGCGUUUGUGGGGGCUAUGGAUGGCGUUUCAAACGGGGGGUUUUUGAGGGGGGAGGAAAGCUGUAUUGGCUCGGAAUGGGUGGAACUGGACUGGUUGAAGGCGAAAGGGUAUUAUAGUGUAGAGGCAUUUAUGGCAAAUAGGUUGGAGGUGACAUUAAGGUUGUCGUGGUUGAAUUGCACUAAUGGUAAGAAGAGAGGUGUUAAGUUGAAAGAUAAAGUGAAUUCUGCCGGUGUAGCUGCAAAUACAUUUUGGAGGAAGAAGGGGUGUGUAGACUGGUGGGAAAAGCUGGACGAAGCAACAAAAGAGAAGGUGUUUAAAACAGCUUUGGGGAAAGUGGCCAAAUCUCUGGCUGCAGAGAUUGUGAAAGGAAGAAAAGAUGUACUCGAUGAUAAUGUGUGGCACUGUGGCAAUGAAGUUGAUCUACUAUUUAGGUGCAACGCUACUACGUCAUAUCAUGAAAGCCCUGCCAAUUUCAGUGGGACUGGUGAAGGUUCUCUAUGGAACAAAAUCCCUACAUCGGUGUCUGGGAUGCCAUCAUCCUUGAUUUGUAUACUUAGAGGUUUAUCUGUUCUUCAGAAUAUUUCCACCGUGUUAUUUGAAUUUCAACAUACUUAUUAUGAAAGAGAGAGACUGCACUUUAGCUCCUUAGAAUCUAUUAGCUCCAUUUCUGAUUGUAUAUUAAGAAAGUUGCGAGUUGUACUUACGGUUAUCUCACUCGAGUGUACUAAAGUUGAAUUACUAGAUGAUGGAAAAUUAAAUUCCUCUUUAAAGAAAAACAAGGAGAAACUUGGCCCCGGAAACAAUAAGAAAAGCCGGAAGAACCGUAAAGUUAAAAAGCCAAAUCCUGUUCCAAAGCUCACUACGGAUGAUGUUGCAUUAAUGAAAUCUCCUCAGGAUGAUGGAUUAAUGAAAUCUCCUCAGGAUGAUGGAUUAAUGAAAUCUCCUCAGGAUGAUGGAUUUCAAUUAGCCCGUGGUGAAGAUGGACAUAUUUGCACAUCAAGUGGCUUGGAUAAUAAACUUGAACAGAUGGACUUUGAUAGAGACACUAUUCCUUCAACACUUCGCACGGUUGGAAAUGGAAAAGGGCAAAAUACUAAUUCUGUUCAAAGCGUCUCUAGGAAGAAGAGAGGAAGAAGUAAGCGUAAAAACCCUAGCUCCAAAAUUUCAGCAGAAGCUGGCAAUUGUGAGAUAAAUUGUGCCAGACCUUCCACUCUAUCUGAAGAUGGGCAUACAACAUCUGCUUGCAUAUCUGAAAAUUCAGUUGUUGAGAAUUUGUCAAAAGUUGUUGCUAAUGAGGUUCACAAUGUUGAACCAAUUUCAAGCUGUUCUGGGGCCGUGCAGAUGGACAGUACAGCACAACUCACCAAGGGAUGCCAUUCAACUGGUUGUGCAGAAGGCAGCAAGAAUCCUGCUUCGUUGCUCUGUCAGACCACGGAGAGUAUGGUAGAAAAUAAAAGUUCAGCUGUUGCAUUGGAAACCACAAAUCAAAAUAUUAAUUCUGGUGUAACUUCUGUGAUACCUGUGAUUGAAUUUGGUAACAAUCUUGUAACCCAUGAUAUGAGCAAUGGAAAUUGUAAUGGCGUAAAUAGAAAGAGCAGGAAACAUGGUGUAACAGGAAAGCAAACCAAAGUUGGUGGAAGUAUUGAUGUUUAUAAUAGUGGGCCUGCAAAUGCUUCAACUUACCUUUCUUAUGAAUGGCCCAGUGUAGCUCCUAUCCACUUCCCAUCCGGUAAUUCACAUCUCCCACCAGCCACCGAUAGACUGCAUCUGGAUGUUAGUCACAACUGGCAAAGUCAUUAUCACCAAUCUUAUGUACGUACUGUACAUCAUGUGAGAAAUUCCUCAAUUGAAUCAGGGCGUACUGGAAUUAUAUCUAGGCCUUUAGCAAUGAGUCUUGAUUGGCCCCCUAUAUUACGUGGUGUUAAUGGGGUUACUCCAUCUGUCACCUGCCAUUAUGAUACUGGAUUUAUCUCAAGGAGACCUUCUUCUUUUCAACAGGACUUGGCAACACAAGGCAUUCAUUGCAAUGCAAUGAGUGCUGAUGAUGAAAGGGUGUAUUCUGGUGAAUUCUUUGAUUUUUCUGAUCAUACAAAUACACAGGAAGUGUGUGAUGAACAUGAUAAUCACCAAAUGUCAGAAGAAGAGUUAGAGGUCCAUGGUCUUUCUGGAGUGGAUUAUAAUCAAUACUUUGGUGGUGGUGUUAUGUACUGGAAUCCUUCUGAUUAUCUGGGGACCAGCUUUUCACGUCCUCCCUCUCUUAGUUCAGAUGAUAGUUCAUGGGCUUGGCGAGAGGCAGAUAUGAGUAGGGCUGUUGAUGAUAUGGUUGCAUUCUCUUCCUCUUACAGUACAAAUGGCUUGACUUCACCUUCUGCUACUUCCUUUUGCUCUCCUUUUGAUCCUUUAGGUUCUGGAGCUCUCAGUUAUGUUAUACCAGGAAGUGAAGUUAAUAGUGGCAAGGUUCCCCAAUCCUCAUCGACACCAACAGAUCUAGUGGGAGAGGAGAAUGCUUCAGCUUCCUUGUCCAAUAUGUCUGUUGAUAGUGAGACAAAGGCUGGGGAUACACUCCCAUACCCCAUUCUAAGACCAAUUAUCAUCCCAAAUAUGUCUAGGGAAAGAUCAAGAUCUGAUUUUAGGCGUAGUCAUGAUCGUACAAGUCCUUGCAUUCCUCCCAGUAGGCAAGAGCAACCCCGGAUCAAGAGGCCACCGUCACCUGUGGUCCUUUGUGUUCCACGUGCCCCUCGAUUACCUCCUCCUUCUCCUGUUGGUGAUUCAAGAAGACACAGAGUUCCAACUGUUCGCUCUGGUAGCUCCAGUCCUAGGCAUUGGGGUAUGAAGGGCUGGCUUCAUGAUGGAAUUAACUUUGAAGAAGCUUGUAUACGCAUGGAUGGGAGUGAAGUUGUUUGGCCAUCAUCUUGGAGAAGUAAAAACUUUUCAGGUCAUCAGUUAACACAGCCUCUGACCGGAGCUUUACUGCAAGAUCACCUAAUUGCGUUAUCGCAGUUAACUCGUGAUCAGGAGCAUCCAGAUGUUUCAUUUCCUGUACAACCUCCUGAAAUGCCAAACUGCUCUGCUGAAAAGGCAUCUCUCAGUUUGAUCCACAAUCACCUUCAUGAUGAAAUUGAUGCAUUUUGUAAACAGGUUGCUGCUGAGAAUUUGAUCAGGAAACCUUACAUUAAUUGGGCCGUGAAGCGUGUUACACGGUCUCUACAAGUCUUAUGGCCCAGAUCUAGGACAAACAUCUUUGGUUCAAAUGCAACAGGUCUGUCACUUCCUUCAAGUGAUGUCGACCUAGUGGUCUGUCUUCCUCCAGUUAGAAAUUUGGAACCUAUUAAAGAAGCUGGUAUCUUGGAGGGGCGUAAUGGUAUCAAAGAAACAUGCCUUCAGCAUGCAGCAAGAUAUCUUGCUAAUCAGGAGUGGGUUAAAAAUGAUUCCCUCAAGAUUGUGGAGAAUACUGCUAUACCUAUUAUUAUGCUUGUGGUGGAAGUUCCUCAUGAUUUCAUUACCUCAUCUUCUUCACAUUCCCAAACACCAGAAGCCCAGACAAUCAGUGAAGGCAAUCCUUUUCAGGCUGAUGGUACAAGUUCUGAGAGCUCUACCUCACCAAAAUGGCCCAAGAUGAAUGACUCUGGCAAGGAUGUAAAAUCAGUCCGUCUUGACAUUAGUUUCAAAUCACCAUCACAUACAGGACUGCAGACCUCUGAGCUGGUUAAAGAGCUUACUGAACAAUUUCCUGCUGCAAAACCUCUUGCUUUGGUAUUAAAACAGUUUUUGGCAGAUCGAAGUCUGGACCAAUCGUAUUCUGGUGGUCUAAGUUCUUAUUGUCUGGUAUUACUGAUAACAAGGUUUUUGCAGCAUGAGCAUCAUCAUGGUCGCUCCACUAUCCAAAAUUAUGGAAGCCUGCUGAUGGAUUUUCUCUAUUUCUUUGGGAAUGUUUUUGAUCCUCGUCAAAUGCGUGUCUCGAUACAGGGUAGCGGCUUGUACAUAAAUAGGGAAAGGGGGUACAGCAUUGAUCCAAUUUAUAUAGAUGACCCACUUUUUCCCACCAAUAAUGUGGGUCGGAAUUGCUUUCGUAUACAUCAAUGCAUCAAGGCAUUUGCUGAUGCUUAUUCUACUUUGGAAAGUGAGAUUACAUUGCUUCCUAGCAAUGAUGACUCGAGUGCAAGAAUGCCUUCACUAAAGCUACUUCCUAAAGUUAUUCCAAGCAUUAUGCAGUUGGAGGCUUUCCAAUUAUCAGGAGAUUAACAAUAUACUUGAAAUGUUUGCUAAAUAGCUCGCCAUGUUUCUGAGGACGGCAUAUUGGAGUUGUGAGUGGUUGACCUCCUCCACCAAAUGACCCUUCUCCUAUUGCUUGCACAUGGCUGUAAUGUCUUCCCAGUGUUGUUGGAAGUAAUGAAGACUUGGAGAAGUUCUAGUCACUCUCAAGCAGUCAACUGUGCGAGUUGGUGGGGUACGCUUUGCUACAAUGCCCAGAUCACACGACAUCUUGGGCCAAACUGCUCACAUCUUGAAUUGCGGUAUCAAUAUCAGGCAGCAAGACUAGCUUCUGAUUACAUGUGGUGCCUGCACUUUCAUACUCAAGAACUGCCUUAUUUCGGAUGCUAUCCAUCCGGGUGCUGUUAUGAUGUUCUAUAUGGGAUGAAGAGGAUAUCAUCAGUUUACCCAAACCUUGACCGGGUCAGGUUGUAUCCUUAUUUCCUUUUACAUGGGAAUAUCCUAUACAGAACAGAAGUGAUAGAGUACGUUUUUCUUCAUGAUUGUACAUGAACAGGCAUGUUUAAGAAAGUGGAUGUAUCAGUUGUAACACUAUUAUUGUUCAGGCUAGAAGUUGAGCAAUUAGCAAGCAUAUACAUACACAUAUAAAGAGAAAUAAAUUUACAGUUUCAAUUGUA